AUGCCUCCGCGCGCCAGAAGAGGCGGGGCUUCUCGCAAGUCCCCCGCAUCCGCCUCUGCCCGCGGAAAGGCUUCUCCUGCCGCCGCCGCUUCCCCCGCUUCCCAGCGCGGACUUUCCGACAUCCCCAGCGUUGCUGAGGUUCCCAUCGCUACGUCGCCGCUCGCGCUGCCUGGAAAAUCUCCUGCAAAAUCUCCUGGGGGUCCUGCUGCGGUUGACGGGUCGCCAGGGCAGACUGGCAGACAGCUGCGGAGCCAGAAGCCCGGAGAGUCCCCGAGCCUGCCAAACGGAGGUUCCCCGAAAUCUCGGGGAAGGAAGCGAGGGUCGUCAGACGGGGAGACGGACGCUAAGAGACGACGGUCGGGCGAGAAGGGCAAGGGAGGUGAGUUGGCGGAGGGGUUGGGGGGAAAGACUGGUGCCUCGCACACGACUCACUCGCGCCUCUCCUCUCUCCUCCCACCAGCAGCAUCACCAGCAGGAAAGGCCGCAGAAGCAGCAGCUGCAAAGGCAGUAGCAUCGCCAGCAGCACGGAAAGCAGGGAAGGCAGGGAAAGCGGGGAAAGAAGGGGAAGCGGGGAAAGGAGGGGAAGAAGGGGUAGCAGAGGAGACGGUAAAGCUGGAAAAGGCAGAUGAGGCUGCUGAGCGAGAGGACGAGGGGGACGCGGACGAAGAGCAGGGAGGUUCAGGCGAGGAGUCCCCAACAGGGGGGGAGCAGCAACGGCGGGGCGCGCGCAGAGCACGCGGAGAAGGCAGGGGGGGAGCGGGAGGCGCAAGCAGAGGCGCGGGGGCUCGCGGACGGGGUCGUGGGGCGCGGGGGAGAGGGGGUAAGGCUGGCGCUGGACUUGUUUCCCCUGACCGCCCCAUGUCCCCAGGGGGAGCGGCAGGCGCGGGGAAAGGAAGAGGCCCCAGGAAGCGGUCCCCUGCUCCGCCUAUCCAUGCUGAUGGGGAGACAGGCGGAGCGGGGAAAGGGGGAAGGGGCGGGGGAGGUGCUGGGGUCGCGGGGGCGGCGGGAGGGGCGGGGAGAGGCGGGGAGGAGCUGCAGGAGGUGGUGCAUGAGGCUGGGGCAGCGGGGAGUGGGAUUGUGAGGGAUGAGAAGGCGUUGGACUCGGUUGUGAAGGUGUUCUGCGUGCACACUGACCCCAACUUCUCCCUUCCCUGGCAGCGCAAGAGACAGUACAGUUCCAACAGCAGCGGGUUCAUCAUUGAGAACCGCCGUGUGCUCACCAACGCGCACUCCGUGGAACACCACACGCAGGUGAAGGUGAAGAAGAGGGGAUCAGACACCAAGUACCUCGCAACAGUGCUUGCUGUGGGCACUGAGUGCGAUAUAGCGCUACUGUCAGUGGAGGAUGAUGAGUUCUGGAAGGACGUGCAGCCACUCAAGCUGGGGUCUCUCCCGCACCUCCAGGACCCAGUGACAGUGGUUGGAUACCCCAUAGGCGGCGACACAAUCUCAGUGACCAGUGGAGUGGUGUCGCGCAUCGAGGUGACAGCAUACGUGCACGGGGCGUCGGAGCUGCUGGGCGUGCAGAUCGACGCCGCCAUCAACUCGGGCAACUCGGGCGGGCCGGCGUUCAACGCGGCGGGCGAGUGUGUGGGGAUUGCAUUCCAGUCGAUGCGGGGGGAUGAGGCGGAGAACAUCGGGUAUAUCAUCCCCACGCCCGUCAUCCACCACUUCAUCUCGGAUUACGACCGCAACGGCCACUACACAGGGUUCCCCAUCCUGGGCGUGGAGUGGCAGAAGAUGGAGAAUCCAGACAUGCGCAAGGCGCUCGGCAUGGAGGCGGGGCAGAAGGGCGUGAGGGUGAGGCGGGUGGAGCCCACCUCGCCUGCCGCCCAGCUGCUGCAGACCUCAGACAUCCUGCUGUCCUUCGAUGGCGUGGCAGUGGCAAAUGACGGCACAGUGCCGUUUCGCAAGGGCGAGCGCAUAGGCUUCAGCUACCUGGUGUCUCAGAAGUACGAGGGGGAGACGGCACAGAUCAAUGUGCUGAGGGGCGGCAAGGUGCUGCAACUGCAGGUGGAGCUGAGGAGGCACAAGCGCAUGGUGCCCGUGCACAUUGCGGGGCUGCCGCCCUCGUAUUUCAUCGUGGCAGGGAUUGUGUUCACCUGGGUCACCGUGCCUUACCUCCGGGCAGAGUACGGCAAGGACUAUGACUAUGACGCGCCGGUGAAGCUGCUGGAUAAGCUCAUGCACCGCAUGAGACAGUCAGACGAUGAGCAAGUGGUUGUCAUCUCACAGGUGCUGGUGGCGGAUGUGAACAUAGGCUAUGAGGAGGUGGUGAACACACAGGUGGUGGGCUUCAACGGCGUGCCGGUGAAGAACCUGCUGCAGCUCGCUCGCCUCGUGGACCAGUGCACCGACCCCUUCAUGCAGUUUGACCUCGACUAUGACCAGUGCACCGACCCCUUCAUGCAGUUUGACCUGGACUACGACCAGUCGGCUCAAAGGGGUUUCCUGCCUGCUGUGAAGGGAGAAUCCCCCUCCACGAGUCCCUCCCCCCUUUUCCCCGACAAUUCCUUUUCCUCACAGCAAUGGGAGGAGGCGUACGGGCUGCAAAAAGAGUCUCUUCUGCCCCCGGAAAAGAUAUCCCUGCCCGCUGACGUGGCAGCAGCUCCGCAUUUGGAGGCGUGCAGCGAGGUGUCGGCGCACAGACUGGCGGCGGAGCAGCGAGGGCCCAAUGGGGAGUCGCCUGAGUGGGCUCGUCCUAAAGACUGCUGCGGCUGCAACCCACAGCCGCCAUGGGUGUGUAUGGGUGGGUAUGAUUGGGUGUGUAUGGGUGUGUAUGGGUGUGUAUGGGUGUGUAUGGGUGUGUAUGGGUGGAUUCGUGGUUCAGACGCAGCCAAUCUGGGCAUGACACGUGUGGCACAGAGGGACAUAUGGGAGCACCAGUUCCCGCCCAAUCGGUGUGAGGGCAGGCGCCUGCUCAUUGCGCACUGGGCCUACAUCGCCCAUGGGAUCGGGUCGCAGUUGCACAUCAUAACGGCCAUUCUCAGCCUGGCCAUGCGCCACAACCGCACGCUGGUUCUCCAGUAUCCGUCGUUUGACCGCGCCAAGCACGACGAGUGCAAUGCCACAGGAGCAUGGGGCUCGUUCAACUGCUACUUCUUCCCUCUGACCUCUCCUGACUGCGAGGAGAUCGCGCUCAAUUCCAACAGCACAGGGGCGCUGCCGCCCUGCUGCACGCCCAGCACCAAGGAGGAGGUGCUGGCAUCGGACCACCCCAUUGUGUGCUUCCAUGGGGAGCCCUUCAAUGGUCUUCAGCUCGAAGCCAGCAUUGCCAGCCAGUGGGACACGGCCUACCUGGAGCGACCCAACAUGAUCGAGCUGCAGGGGCAGGUGGAGAGAGACAAUCCCCAGCACAUCAAGGUGCACUGGUGGCGCAGCCAAGCGCUGCGCUUCAUGCUGCGCUGGCCCUCGCCGUACCUCUGCCAUCUCACCAACCGCAUCCGCCACGGCGCCUACGGGCUGCGCGUGGCAACCCACACCGUGCAGGCCCGCGAUCGCAGCGCCGCCCUCCUCCGACUCUACAACGACCACCUCUCUGCUGCCUCCCCCUCUUCACUCCCUGCUUCUGCCUCCUCGACAUCUCUCCACCCCCUCAGUCUCAACCACUCCGAUCCAUCUUUCCUUACCUCUGCCGAUCCAUCCAUGCAAUCCCGGGCCUGGCCCGGGCUCGGCGUCGCCAGCUGCUCAGGCUCGGCAAGCUCUCCCGGUCCUGCCCCCAGCUUCCGAGCCUAUCUGACGAGCCUGUACGAGGGGGUGGGGCGAGAGGCGUAUAUGCCUCGGCCGAUGGUGAGCCUGCACAUUCGGCAGGGCGACAAGGGGAGUGAGAUGAAGCUGAGCUCUUUCAACUCCUUUAUGUUCUAUAUGCACCGCCUCAGACUCCACGUUCCCGACAUCCGAUUCGUGUGGAUCAGCACUGAAAUGCAGUCCGUGAUCGACCAAUCAGCGCAGUUCAAGGACUGGACCUUCUUCUAUUCGCAGAACGAGAGGCAGCUGGGCGACAUGCGGUUGAUCGACUACGAGAAGAAGGCUGGCAGGGCACAGCUGGUGGGGGUGAGCUUUGCGAACCUGAUUAUCUCAUCGGAGUGUGACUACUAUGUGGGCGUGCUUGGGUCCAACUGGAACCGGUUGAUCAAUGAGAUGCGGGCCACGAGUGGCAGGGUGUUUGCUGGUUAUGUUGCGAUCAACAAUGGUGAAUUCUAG